GGGAGACGGUUGAGGGGAGCGAGGGAGCCGAACCGUUGUGGCGAGCGCUCAGCAGCGGGCGAGCCAGGCGUCCCUGCCCGCGACCAGACCCGCGCGAGCGUCGGUGUAGGCGUUGCUUACGCCCCACAGGCAUUUAAAUCAAGCAGUAUUGAAAUGGAUUGGGUUAUGAAACAUAAUGGUCCAAAUGACGCUAGCGAUGGGACCGUGCGACUUCGUGGACUGCCAUUUGGUUGCAGCAAAGAGGAAAUAGUUCAGUUCUUUCAAGGGUUGGAAAUCGUGCCAAAUGGGAUAACAUUGACGAUGGACUACCAGGGGAGAAGCACAGGGGAGGCCUUCGUGCAGUUUGCUUCAAAGGAGAUAGCAGAAAAUGCUCUGGGGAAACACAAGGAAAGAAUAGGGCACAGGUAUAUUGAGAUCUUCAGGAGUAGCAGGAGUGAAAUCAAAGGAUUUUAUGAUCCACCAAGAAGAUUGCUGGGACAGCGACCGGGACCAUAUGAUAGACCAAUAGGAGGAAGAGGGGGUUAUUAUGGAGCUGGGCGUGGAAGUAUGUAUGACAGAAUGCGACGAGGAGGUGAUGGAUAUGAUGGUGGCUAUGGAGGUUUUGAUGACUAUGGUGGCUAUAAUAAUUAUGGCUAUGGAAACGAUGGCUUUGAUGACAGGAUGCGAGAUGGAAGAGGCAUGGGAGGACAUGGCUAUGGUGGAGCUGGUGAUGCAAGUUCAGGUUUCCAUGGUGGUCAUUUUGUGCACAUGAGAGGGCUGCCUUUUCGUGCGACUGAAAAUGAUAUUGCUAAUUUCUUCUCACCGCUCAAUCCAAUACGUGUUCAUAUUGACAUUGGAGCCGAUGGCAGAGCAACAGGCGAGGCAGAUGUAGAGUUUGUGACACAUGAAGAUGCAGUAGCUGCCAUGUCUAAAGAUAAAAACAACAUGCAACAUCGAUACAUUGAACUCUUCUUGAAUUCUACUCCUGGAGGUGGCUCUGGAAUGGGAGGUUCUGGAAUGGGAGGCUAUGGCAGAGAUGGAAUGGAUAAUCAAGGAGGAUACGGGUCUGUUGGGAGAAUGGGGAUGGGGAACAGCUACAGCGGAGGCUACGGUGCUCCUGAUGGCUUGGGAGGCUAUGGUCGUGGUGGUGGAGGCAGUGGAGGUUACUAUGGGCAAGGUGGAAUGAGUGGAGGUGGAUGGCGUGGGAUGUACUGACAACACCACCCCAACGUACACGUCCUAACACACCUGCUCUACUAGACUUUCUUACAGAUUUCAUUUCUUUUGUAUUUCAAGAACUUUAUAACGACUGAAGGAAUGUGUUAUAUUAUUUGGUAAAGCAACAGACUGCGAUGGGAAAAUCUGUUUUCUGUAGGUUGUUUCAUUUGUUGCAUACUUUGACUUAAAUAAAUUUUUAUAUUCAAACCACUGAUGUUGCUACUUUUUAUAUAUAGGUACUCCUAAAGAUGUGCUGCCUUCAUAAGAUUUGGGAUAAUGUAUCUUACUGUUAGCAUAGUGCAGUGAUAGAGGGCAAGACAGCGAGUCUUAAGUAGGCAUCUAGGGUAGCACUACCUUUCACCCCUGGACAUACUGUAAAUAAAAAGCCUAAAGAUACGUUCAGGUGGUUUCAGGAACAUAAGCUAAUUCUGUAUUCUUUUCGGUCUCUUUUAUCAAGCAUAGCUCUGAAUAAUUCAAGACGUAUCUGGAUUCUAAAUAUUCACAAAUUGUAUUAUGAAUGGGGGUAGGGGUAUAAAACCCUCAUAGCACUUGACUAAGAUACCAAAAAUGGUUCCCAAAACUUGAGUUUGUUGGAGUAGUUUGAAAUUCUUAAUAAUGACAGAAAAACUCUGUAAAUACACGGGCAUUUACUAUAAUGGGUAUAUGCUUACUUGUAUUUUCAGUUUCUCACCCAAGAAAACAGGGUCUUUAUAAUGGUAUAAAUGACUACAUUUAGGAGACUAUAAAACAAUGCUGUAGCUGGUUUUGCGUCUGAAACUGGCUUUGAGUAGUUAAGUGCCCUGUGUAGAAGGAAAACGUGCUUUCUACUAAUCUUUUUAUUACUUUGCUCAAUAAGACUUUUCCCCAAAUUGGCUAAUGGAUCAAAAUGAACCUGUCAGUGUGAUCUCAGUUAUUGAGUUACUUGUUUUUUGCUAGAUAUGUUAUUAAUGUAAUAAAUGUCAACAUGGGAA